UUUUUCUUCUUUUUUCGCGCUUUACUUCUCUCCUCUCCAUUUAGUUGUUGACUGGUUGUUGUGACUGGUUGUUUUGUUUUGUUGCCACUAUAACUCGUCUUCUCUGAAAUCAAUUUUUUGGUGAAAAAAAUCCAAAAAAGAAUUUCUUUUUUGGAGAAUGCCUGCUCCAAAAUGUGAGGUUCACGUUCGGCAUUGUUGCUGUUGUGGAUUGACGCCUGGGGCUUUUUUGAUUGGACUUUAUACUUUGAUUCUCUACGCCUUAUUAGCUAUAUUAGCUGCUUGGGCAUUACAAGAGACAGCAACUAAUGGAGACGUUCCAAUUUACCAAAAUUGUCAAUUAGAAGCUCAAGACAAAAUCAAUCAACAUAUUAAAGUCCCUUUUGGGAAUGGGUCUUUUGUUGAGGUUUUGGACAGUUCAAAUUACCAUUGUUCUUUGGGAAUGUAUACCGAGGAAAUGAAAUAUGCUGCUGGAGGACGCACCUUAGCCCUACUAAUAGCCUUAUGUGUCUAUAUUCCAAUGAUCGUUGCAAGUUUACUAGUAUUAAUAGGAAUUUGUCUCCAUUUUUCGUGGUUAUUACUUCCUUGGUUAAUAAUAAUGCCUUUGGAUAUAAUACGUGGAUUAGUCUCUACAAUACUAAUUUUAAUUUUAAAUCAUGGACAGUUGGCUAGAAUUGCUACAGGAAUUUUCUUUUUGGGACUUCAAUUUCUUCAUAUCUCCCUUUGGAUACUCGUUUUGGCCAAAUUCUUAAGAAUGCGGCAACACCAUGUUGUUGUUCACCACCAAUAUGAUUCUAGGCAUCCCUACCCUCCUGGACAUCAGCCCUAUGGCGGAGCUUACUACGGCCCAGAAGGUGGCAGCUACACAUACUCCCCAAACUCUGGAAGACGUAUCCCUGUCCAAACUGAGGCGGAAGACUAUGCUGCUAGACAAGGAAGAAGCCCGCAUAGACGAUACUACGAUGAUGGAGGUUCUAGAUACUAAAGAGGGAAAAGGAAGAAAAAAUAAAGAAUGAAAAUAAAAAAAUAAUUUUGUCUCUUUAAAAAUACAAAAAAUUUAUGCCAAAAAUCUACAAAAAUUUUAACGCAUUUUAUAACAAUUCUACAAUAUUUUUUAUAGUCAACUUAAAUUUAUCUCAAAGGAAAAUGUUCAACUCUGCCAGAAAAUUAUUUUUGUAUAAACACAAUAAAGUUUUUCAACUAUUUCCGGUUGGUUGUCUGUUUGGUGUAGUUGGAACGCUCCGAGUUUUCCGCUGUGAAGGGGUCAAG